AUGGAUCAAGUAUUUACCUAUGAAUCAUUUGUUCAUGCAACAGCUGGUAGUAUUGGUGGACAGGCUGCCAUGACUGCCUUCUAUCCUUUCGAAACCAUUAGAACUCAAAUCCAAGCCAACGAUCAUCUCAAAUCAAAGACUACCCUCGAAGUGGUGAAAAUCCUUGUUGAAGAAGAUGGUUUUGGAAGUUUGUACAAGGGAAUUCGUCCUGUACUCAUCAGUUUAUUGGCUAGUAACUUUAUUUACUUUUACACAAACAACAUGUUUAAAGUCAUUUACAAGAAGCAAACAGGAAAGGGUAUUGGAGUAUUACCAAAUUUAUUGAUUUCAUUUGCUGCGGGUGUUGUGAAUGUUUUGACAACUUGUCCAUUGUGGGUCCUCACAACAAGAUAUAAGGCUCAAAGAAAGAAUAAUUCCACUGAAUCUGAGGGAAUGAUCCGAGGCAUGAUCAAGAUUGCCAAUGAAGAAGGCAUUUCUGCUUUGUGGAAUGGUACUCUUGCUAGUAUCAUUCUUGUUACCAAUCCAAUGAUCAAUUUUACUGUUUUUGAUCAAACCAAAAAGUAUUACCUAAGAUGGAUGAAACAAAAGAAUUUGACACCAACACAAUCCUUCAUACUUGGAUUGUUCGCCAAGUUUGUUGCCACCAUUUUAACUUAUCCUCUUCAAGUCGCUCAAACCAAAUUGAGAACUUCUAAAAAGACCAUGACUGAAGAAGAAACCAAGAAAACAGGUAUUAAAAAGUAUGAAAACACAUUGGACUGUCUUAUCAAAAUGUUCCAAGAGGAAGGAAUUUAUGGAUGGUACAGAGGUGUGGGAAAUAAGCUUGUUCAAACACUUUUGAUGUCUGCAUUCCAUCUCACUAUCUAUGAUAAGAUUGUCACAGAGGUUGAGAAAGUCAUGGGUGGUAAGGUCAAGAGCCAUCAUUAA